AAAUCUGACCUUGACAUUCUUCUUGGAAAAACAGAAAACAGCACCUGUCAAUGCAUAAUUUGCAUUUAUUUGGACAUUUCUUGGUAUUAAGGGAUGUGUUUUCUUAAUUUAUAUUGGGAAAAGACUAAUUUAUGUGAUUUACCAUGAAGGUGGUGUCAGUUGUUGACGUUACUACCCCUGGGGUGACUGCCCCUGGGGUCACACCUGAUCCAAAAAAUGUGAACCCAUUAACCUUGCUGACAAACAGAAAAACAGCUUUGGAAGAAAUUGAUAAGGCUUGUAAAGGUAUUGAAGCUUCAUUGGAAAAUAUCCAGUUUCAAAAACUUGAUUUUGGUGAGACCCAGAUACUGGACACAUUCUACAACGCAGAUGUUGUUAUUGUUGAUAUGACCAUUGCAACACAACAGUCAUCUUUGUUUUACCAUGUUGGUGUUAGACAGAGUAUGGGAAUGAAAUAUAAUGUUGUCAUAGCAAAUGAUACAGAUCCAGAGUUGACAGUCUCUCUGAGGUUAUCUUGUGGCACGGGUGUUGUGUUUUUCCCCUACACAAGGGACGCUAAUGGCACCAUCAUAGUACAGGAUGGGACAGUGGCCUACAAUGAUGUGUGUAUACAUCCAGAAAAUGGACCUUCAUUGUUGAAUAAACUGAAGAAAUACCUCAGUGAUGUAGAUGAUGAAAGUGUGACUCAUUUGAAAGAAAGAUUUCUGGCUGACUUAAGAAAAGCUCGUGAGCAUUAUAAGGGUGAAGAUCUUGUAAAGGCAUUGCAUGGUAUGAAACGUAGGUUGGAUGACCCACAACUUCUGUCUGUUGAUGUUGUAGUUAAUCUAUUGAUCUCAUUCAGAGAAAUACAGGAUUAUAACUCUAUGGUGAAGCUUGUUGAAGACUUGGACUCUAUACCAAACUUGAAGAUAUCAAGUACUGUAGCAGUACAGAAUCUGUAUGCAUUUGCACUUAACAGGAGGAAUAAGGAUGGAGACAGAACCAAAGCUUUAAAUGUGAUAUUGAAGGUAAUAGACACAACAGAAAAUCCAGUACCAGAUUUGUUAUGUUUAGCAGGAAGGAUUUACAAGGACUUGUUUAUAGAGACAGAUUAUGAGGAUAAAUCAGCACUAGAAAAUGCUAUAAAAUGGUACAAAAAGGGAUUUGAAAUACAGCCCAAUGAAUAUGCUGGAAUAAAUCUAGCUACUUUACUGGUUAUAUCUGGGAAAGAGUUCUCUACCUGUAGUGAACUGAAGAGAAUAGGAUUAAAGUUGAAUAAUUUGAUAGGGAAGAAGGGUAGUUUACAGACAUUAACAGAUUACUGGGAUGUAGCGACAUUUUUCGAGAUCUCCGUGCUGGCACAGGAUUAUGGGAAAGCAGUGCAGGCGGCAGAAUGCAUGUUUAAAUUAGAACCACCAUAUUGGUAUCUGAAGUCGACAUUAGGAAACAUACAACUCAUUAACAAGUUCCGCAAACCGAGCGCUCACACCAAUCAGGAGACACAGUUGUUUAAUUUCUGGAUGGAGUUCUUCAUGGAGGCCACUAAAUCUGAGGUGUCACCACUUUGGUACCCUGUCCUGAUUCUAGAGCCAAACAAGGUGUAUGUUCCGAGCUACUUACAAGUUAACAUGGAUGAAGACAAUAAGUCAGUGCACAUUUACAAUGUAUGCAGAUCUGACAAGCUUCAACAUGAGUGGGUGUUUCCUGUACCAGCUAUUAAAGGGGUUAGUUUAUAUAAGAGAGAUGUACGGGCAGUAUUUUUGUACGUUGUCGACAACUCAGAUGAUUUCCACAUUUUCUUCUCAUCAGAAAUGCAACGGCAGUUGUUUUAUGAUGAUAUGUGUAAGUUAAUCAAGGAACAUCAGCGAGGUUUUGAGGCAGAACUCGAGGAGAGAGAUAAUAUUGAGUACGAGUAUGAGACAGAUGAGAAAGGCAAUCGUGUCGUACUUGGUCGAGGAUCAUACGGUGUUGUGUUUGCUGCACGAGAUAAUCGUACCCAGGUCAAGGUCGCUGUGAAAGAAGUUCCAGAGAAAUUUCAUGAGGAGGUACAACCACUACAUGAAGAAAUUAAACUACAUUCAAGAUUAAGCCAUAAAAACAUUGUAAAAUAUCUUGGUUCACUGAGUGAAGAUGGCUUUUUCAAAAUCUUCAUGGAACAAGUUCCAGGGGGUAGUUUAUCUCAGCUUCUAUCAUCAAAGUGGGGACCACUAAAGGACAAUGAGCCAACAAUUGCUUUCUAUACAAAACAGAUACUUGAUGGUCUCAAAUAUCUUCAUGAUAAUAGAAUUGUACAUAGAGAUAUCAAGGGAGACAAUGUGUUGGUAAAUACAUACAGUGGUGUAUUGAAGAUCUCAGAUUUCGGCACAUCCAAGAGACUGGCUGGAAUAAACCCAUGUGCUGAAACAUUUGCAGGAACAAUGCAGUAUAUGGCUCCAGAGGUGAUUGACCGAGGAAUGAGAGGGUAUGGUCCUCCAGCAGAUAUCUGGUCUCUAGGUUGUACAGUGAUUGAGAUGGCAACAGGGAAACCACCUUUUAUAGAGCUUGGUAGUGCCGAGGCAGCUAUGUUUAAAGUAGGAUUCUACAAAAUGCAUCCAGAAUUUCCAGAAUGUUUGUCUGAAAAUGCUAAAGACUUCUUGCUCAAAUGUUUUGCUCCUGAACCAGAGAAAAGAUUUACUGCACAACAACUGUUGGAUCAUCCCUUUAUAAAAGAAACCCUUGCACCAAAGAAGAAAAAGAAGAAAAUGACAGAAGUAGAGUAUCUGAGAAGUACCUCGGUUCCAGCUAGCAGUAUAGUCAGUAGAAGAACAGAUAACACAAUGAAACUAAAACUACCACAAAAAUCAGGUCCUGCAUCUGUGGUAGCCCGGAAUGCCAUUGGGUUCUCAGGAAGUAUGGAAAACAUUCUGGAUGAUCUGGACACUGUUCAAGAAGAACGCACGGGACAAAAAGGUCACCAUAGGUCACAAAGUGUCCAUACUUUUGGUGGGCUUGAUUUGGAUACAAGGCCAAAGUCUUUCCGCAAGCGUGCAGAAUCUGACGGUACCCUAGUACAUGCAGAGAGAGUGUUAUACAAGGGGGCUACAGAGAGUUUUCAGGAAACAGCAAAAAGAAGAUCAUCUUCACCUUAUCUGUCUGUGGAGUAUGGAAGCCGGUCCCCAUCUCCGACAUUAUCAUCUCCCGGGCCGCAGUCACCUACACUUGGCUUCAGUAUUUCUAUGAAUGAAGUUAUAUCAGCUGAUUCUGACGGUACAAACAGCAUAACUGGGUCACAUGACAGCCAGAGUCGGGAAGGAUUUUAUUUGUUGCGAAAAGACUCUGAGAGAAGGGCAACCCUUGUACUCAUGCUUUCUAAAGAAAGCGAUUUUCGUCGGGUAUUGGAGACUUGGAUGGAGUUGAUUCACAGAGAUGCUACCAUAUCUCAUCCUAAACUUGGAAAGGAACAUUUGAGUACACUAUUGAAGGCAUUGUGUGAUUACAUCAGAGAUCAGAACACUACAGUGAUAAAAGAUGCUCUAGAUGUAGUAAAAGAGAAGUUAGAGUAUGAUCACACUGCCAUGAUGGAACUCCAGCUAGCGCUCUAUGUUUUCCAGGAGGCCGUGAGUAUUAACAUGAGAAUGAGGGAUAUUCAGCCUCACUGGAUGUUUGCAUUAGACAAUCUUCUUAGAAACGCAACACAGGCAGCUAUUACAGUACUGUCACCAGAGUUAGGAGCAAAUUUAGCUGGUGAUGCUGAUGACAGGGACAUGGGUACCUCAGGGGUGCCCUCAACAACUUCAGGAAAGUCAGCAACAGGGGUGUAUAGGAAAUCAGUGAAUAUGGAAAUUAGAAGCCAGUUAGAAUCAUCUGAAGAUGAGAAUUUAUCGUUGUUACAAGAAUUGUUAGAGGUACAGAAAGCUUAUAAUGAUCUGUUGAAGAAAUCCAUAACUGAGAAGAAGUUGCAAAUGGAAGUAUUGCAACAAGCAUUAAGUGGUCAGAGAAUAGUUGGAGCAUCAAGCCCAGGUCCGUCACCAAUGACACCUGCUGUAGUGAUAAAUGAACCACCAGAUGAACAUUUGGUACAGUGGUUGAAACAGUGUAGAAUAGAUUCCAAUUCCAGAGAUCAGAUUAUCAAUGAACAGUAUACAUUAGAUGACUUGUUGGAAUAUGUUACAUUAGAACAGUUACAAAAACUCAAUAUAAAAGGCGGCAUUGUUUGUAGAAUAUGGAGAGCUAUACAGGCACAUCGUGCUAAACAUAAGAAAACUAAGAGGUAGCACUGACUCACACAUUCAUCCUUAUACUUGUCUAUAUUUGUCCAUCCAUCCCACCAACUGCCAACUCUGUGUGUGUAAAGAAUCAUGAUAAAUAUACAAAGUACUCAAAACAAAUACAUGAACUCCCGCUACAUGUGUCAACUUCUUGUGUAUAAAAAAAAAACAUGCAUACAGUCAUGGAAUUUUAAAACACAUUUUAUGUGCAUGUGUGAUACUCUAUAGCAUACCUUGAGAUGUUUUAUAUGUGUUAAGCAUGGAUGUUAUACCAUCAUGACUUGUGUGGGGGCAAUAUAAGCUACCAGUCAGAGCUAGCUGGCCUGACAUGUUGAGUGCCAUAAUGUGAAAUAAAAAUAAUAGGCACCUGGAUACUGACUGGGAUGCUGGAAUGUGCAUAAUAAUUGGGCUAAAACAGCUCCUUAUGAUUGGUUUGAAAAUAAUAUGCGCAAUCUAAACUGCUACAGUUCUGUUGAAUCUAUAAUAUAAAGGCACCAAGCUUCAUACAAAAUUUUCACCUGGAGGUGAACUAAAAUAAAAACUUGAACAGUGAAUUUUUAAAAUAGAAGUCAUGAUUUAUGGCUUGAAUUACUGUCAUUUGAUGUUGAUGUAAUUUGAAUUGAAAUAACCAAAAAAAAAGUGCAGGCACUUGGGAUAUUAGAGAUGAAAAGGAUAAUUACAUGGCUAAAAUUGUCUAACAGCAAAAUUUACAGUUGAUUAUGGAAUUUAAACAGAACUGAACAAGAAAAGUGAAAAUAGUUUCAAUUAUUGUUCUUAUUGGCAAACUCGCAACAUUUGAUUUUUUAAGAUCGAUAAAAAUAUAAAUGAGCAAGGUGAUAUCGCCGAUAAAGAUUAUUUUACUUAUGUAUGUAAUUUGUUUUACAGAGUUAGCUUCAAGUUUUAAAGUUUUGUCUAUUUUUAUAUUGUAUGUUGAAGUCUGGCUCUGUUAAAGAAAUAAUGAUGCUUGAUAAGAGAGUACCUAUAUGAAAAUAAUGUAUUUUAACAUACAGACAGUGAUCCUAUUCAAAUAAUAUUUAUUGUCAGACAUUAAGUGAAAAGGAAGUCAUACAGAGUGUAUGGAAAAAUAGAAAGUAAACUUAUCACUUUUCUUCUGUAGCUACGCAUAAAAACAAAGUUUGUUCUAUUUUUAUUUUUAUUUUUUUUCAAAAUGAAACUUUACUUUUCACCCUGUAUGAUGCAUCAGAAUUUCUUUCUAGAGUUAAGUAGCAUAGUUUUUUCAUAGAAUACAUUUUUAACAUACACUUUUUCUGUUUGUAACAAUCUUAAAUGAAUUUUUUGCAUUUUUUUUAUCAUGAUUUUAUAUCAUUAUUUUGUCAUUUUUUUUGUCAGUUGUUAGCCCUGUUAAAUGUUUAUAGUAGAACAGCUCCCAUUUAUUGUCCUGACUUGAUUUUAUGUUUUAAUUUUUUUUUAUUAUUAUUAUAAUGUAACUGAUUUUUAAUGUUUAGUGCAAUACUGUAUUGAUUUAUUUUAUUGUAUUUUUUUUUUAUUUAAUUUUGCCUGUUUGUAGUAAUAAUUUCAUUUUAGCUAUUUUAGUGGUUUAAUGUUUUACAGUCAGUAUUUUAUAAUGUCAGUGUAAACACGGUCAUACCGUCAACAUUUUUAUAUUUGAUCACUUUUGUUGAUUUUUUUUUUAUUUUACUUUUCUCCCCUCACAAGUAAUUACAAGUGCUUAGUUAAAAUAAUUUUACGUCAUUGGAGACACUUUAGGUCUUGGUCAGGAUCAUGCUUCUAAUGGCUGGGGAUAUUGCCCAUAGAUAAAAUAACUCGAAUAUUGUUAUGAUAACCAGUGAGAUACUGGGUUUUAUCAGUGAAAUAAAACCGAUAUCACUCAUAGUAUAUCACUUGGUGUCUUAGUGUGAGUGACAAAGCUUAGCAGUACUCCUUGUGCUGUGCAUGAUGCCAUAAAUUUAUGUUAAAAUUAAUUGUUGCAUUUGGUUCUUUAUGGCAUAUUUCUUGAUUAAAAAAUAAUUUCAUUAAAUUUGCUUAGUUACAUUGCAAAAAUGACAUAUAAAACUUUAAUAAUUUUUCUUAAUGCAACCUUUGAGUGCCUGAUGUUAUCUUUUUAUUUGUGUCUUUUUCCUGCACUUCCUCAAAAACAAUUGAAAAGUACUGUUUAAUUAGUUAUAAGGCAUAAAACAAAAGAGAUUUUUUUUUUGAUUUUGUGAAUUUGGUACAUGUCUCGCAUCAAAGUGAAAAAAUAUCCAUGUUAUCACUGUCUCUAUGUUCUUGUGAAAAUAUUGAAAUUUUCUCACUCCUUUAAGCAUAUUCACUCAAAUAAAGUUAUCCUCUAUAUUUUCACUGGAUGAACAAUAAUUUGGCCUACAUAAGUGCUGAAGUGUGUAGUAAAAUAUUUUUGCGGAGUUUUUUAUUUGACAAAGUUAUUUAAAUCAAAAAGAAAAACAUAUAAGAUAUUCAUUGCUUAUAAUUAUAAUAUAUUAUUAAAAUAAUUGUAUGUGUAACAGGUUUUACAACAUGUCAAUGAUGACAAAAUAUCCAAAUAUAACGAAUCAGCCAUGCUUUAUCCAGAAUGUAGGACAAAACCCCACACAUCAAAACCCCACUUAUGUCCACUCUAUAAAAUCUAAGGUGUGGGGUUUUCCCACUGUAAAAUUUAUGUGUGGGGUUUUGUCCACUCUAUAAAAUUGAAGGUGUGGGGUUUUGUCCACUCUUUAAAAUUUUGAUGUGUGGGGUUUUGUCCGUCUUCAGCUUUAUCCAUGUUUUGUGUAUGUUUGUUUCGCACACAUCGUUUUUUGUUGAUUUGUGCUUUUAUAUAAUCAGCCCCUGAUCUCAAUUUUUUUUCUUGUGGAGAUUAUGUUUUUGGUGAUGUGCAAAAUAUGCUUCUGUAAAGAAAUGAUAUAAUAUACAUAAAGACAUUCUCUCCCCCGAUAUACAUGUAUUGUAUCAUGUUGUACAUGGAGAUAGUAUUGUCUUGUGUGUGAUAUUGAUGGGGCAUUGUUGUGAUAUUGGUUUAAUUGUUAGAAAUAUUGGAAAGGUGUUUGUUUGUCUUAACUUUAUCGUACAUGAAAUAUUGGAAAUCGUGUGUGUCUAUAAAAAUAUAUUAUAAGUUCAUGUUUAAGAGGGGUUUGUUAGAAAAGGUGACUACAGCUGUUGCACAAACAUGGGUUAAAUGAGAAAAUUAUGUGUAAAAAGAAAUAGAAGAAAAGUGUUACGUUGAAUUACAUCAAUGCUUUAAUGUUAAACUUGUUACUGAAAUAUCGAGAAAGACUAAUUUGUAGAAUUAAUAGUUUAAUUACAUUCAAAUUAAAAUGAUGAUCUUAAUUUGUGAGUAGAAUAUUUAAGUGACAUCAUUUUUGAAAAAUAAUGUUUUUUUGUUUUUUUUUUUUUUUUUUUUUUCAAAUUUCAGCAAAAUUUAUGAUUGGAGCAUCUGUGAAGUAUUUUUACAUUGAAACCUUUUUCUUUUCCAACUUAAAACAUACAAGACAUAAACUCCAAUGUUGGUGCAUUGUUUUCCCAGUGCCUUUUGAUGGACUUGCAUGCAUCAGUAGGUUGCAAGGUUUACACUUAUUUCACCUCUCUGUGUCAGUGAUAAGUGAAUGUUCAUAUAUCCAACCCUUAACCUGCUGAAUUUCUUAAAUGGACUAGUCCAACUUCCAUUUUAGAACUGUCCAUUACCAGUUUAAGGGAUAUCAAGAUGAAAAUUUAAAGUAAGUCAGCCAACAAUAUAGAGAUCAGCCUGGUCGGACAGCAUGUAAUGUGCAAACUGGCCUGACUUUAUACUGGCAGUAAAGGCAAUUUUUUUCAUUUCCAGCAGGUUAAAAGUCCGUGGCCGAGUGGUUUAGGUCGUUGACUUCAAACCACUUGCCCCUCACAGCUGUGGUUUUAGAAUCCCGACAGUGACUUUGGAUUCUUUCAUGUGAAGAAGCUAUCCAGCUAUCUUACAGAAGUCGGUGAUUCUACCCAGGUGCCCGUCCGUGCCUAAAAUAAUGCAUGGAAGGGCACCUGAGGUCUUCCUCCACCAGUAAAGCUGGAAUGUGGCCAUAUGACCUGUAAUGUGUGGGUGUGACUUGAAACCCAAUUAAACAAACAAACAAUCCAGCAGGUUAAGAGUUUUAAAUACAUCAAUCAGGUCUGGAGUUGGAAUGUUAUCAUAUUUUAUAAUUCAUUUGUAAACAAUAACUAUCCAUUUGAAGUUGAAAUGCCACAUUUUAUAAUGUUAGUUCAUUUGUAGAAAAAAAUAACUAUCCAUUUUAAAUCACAUAUUUUAUUUUGAUAUAUAAAUAAAACAUUUACAGCAUUCUAAACAUGUUUUGAAAAUUUUGCUCACAGUGUACGUUAUGUUUAUAUAUGCAUACCUUGUUUCUGUUUAGCCAUGUUUAACUCGUUUAUAUCAUCUUGAAUACAAUCAAGCUUAAACCUUCUCUGUCAUUAACUUGCUUUGUAGUGCUUAUUUGUGAAUAAUACACAUUUGUAAGGUUAACUUGUCACUAUUUUAUUCUAUUUAAUUGCUAAAAAAACUAAGGAAAUGUCACUUGUUGAAAGCGUGUUAUUUUAAAGAUCAUUAUAAAAUAUUUUAUUUUUCUCUCCUCAUAGUGAUCAAAUGAAUUGAAAAUUGUUAACAACACAAAUGCAGUGUAUUUAUUUGUGAUUAAGGGAGUUUGUCUGUUAUAUACAGUUGUAUACUUCUUUUGGGUUUUAAUAUUGAAAUUAUUAAAAUACAUUGAAGCAUAUAAAUGUACAUGUACUUGUUUACGUUUCAUCAUUUAUUGACAAGAUUUUAAAUUUCAUGUUAAUGUAGCUCAUGUUAACUUUUUACAAGUUUAGAAUUUAACAUUCUGCCUCUGCCCAUCUUUGUAAGGUGUUAUGAGGUAAUUUACAUUAGCCACCCUAUUGUAUUUAUUGUUAAACUUUAACUAUUUUUUAAAAAAAGCAAGUUUACUUGUGCCUUUUCUUAAUUACCUAAUAAUCUUAUUUUUACAGAAUGUUCUUUUUUAAAUGUGUAUUUAAGUAUUUGAAAUCUAUGUCAUUUUAAUUAGAUUUUUUUUUUCCAUGUAGAAUAUAUAUGUUUACCAAUUUUUACAGAUAGGAAAGAUACUCGUAAGCUGAAUAGGGUGCAAAUCUUGGCCUAUUGGAAAUAAGACUAUAUUAGGAGUUGUGAGCUCAGCACUAUUUUGCCAAUAUUUGUAUUCCUUCACUUCAAAACUCAAAAAGCUUUUUCGCAUAAUUAGAAACUUCUACUUUAUAAAUAUUUUUUUAGUAUUGAUAAACAGAAAUUCCUUUAACUUUUAAUUACCAAUUUCAAAUCUAAAGUAUGUUAAGUCUCACUUACACAAUUCAAUUGGGAAUGAGUAAUGAAAAGACUUGAUAUUUAUAAGAAAUUUUUAAGCUUUGAAAGUAACAAUUUGAAUUUCAGUCCUUUGGUAGAAAAUUUAUUCUCUGAAUGACUUGAAUGAAAGGAAUAAUAUGAUUAAAAAUUUCAACACUUAUUGAUUAAUUUUUGGAAAAUUGAUAUGCUGAUAAGUACAACAUUAAACCUGAAACAGAACAAAUUAAAGAUACAUGAACUAUGUAUAUCAUGCAAGUAUCUAUAGCUGCUACUUUGACCUUACAACAUGAGUAUUUCAUGUAUAUUCCCUUUACUGGUCAUCAAAAAGGUUCUUGUAAAGGCAUUAAGCUGUAACAAUGCAUUUCACAAUAUGGAUGAUAACUUAAAUCUUGUGUAAUUAUACUGCUGAACUUCACUGUAGAGAUAGAUAUAUUGAUGUAAAUAUGAUUACAAUAUGUAAUAUACACUAGCCUCUCUUACAUUCCUGCACAGAUUACAUAUAUAUUGGGCUAAACAGAUGUUAUUUAUAUUCACCUGCACAGAUGUCAUCUGUUUACAUUAGCUGCCCAUUAUGGCAUGCACAGAUGUCCUAUAUUGGUCUGUACAUGUGUCAGCUACAUUGUCCUUUAUGGAUGUUAUCUGUAUUUGCCUGCACAUACAUUGGCUGCAUAUUAUGGCAGGCACAAAUGACAUCUUCUAUAUUGGCCUAUAUGUGUGUUGUCUGUAUUGGCCUUUAUGGAUGUUAUCUGUAUUUGCCUGCACAAACAUUGGCUGCAUAUUAUGGCAGGCACAAAUGACGUCUUAUAUAUUGGCCUAUAUGUGUGUCGUCUGUAUUGGCCUUUAUGGAUGUUAUCUGUAUUGACCUUUUCAGAUGACAUCUGUAUUCACCUGUAUAUUUAUCAUCUUUAUUCAUCUGCACAGAUGUUACCUUUAUAGGCCAGCACAGAUGUCACCUUUAUUGGCCAGCACAGAUGUCACCUUUAUUGGCCAGCAGAUAUUUCAUCUAUAUUGGUCAGCACACAUGUCAUCUGUAUUGGCCAGCACAUGUCAUAUAUUGGCCAGCACACAUGUCAUAUAUUGGCCAGCACAGAUGUCAUCUAUAUUGACCAGCACACAUGUCAUCUAUAUUGGCCAGCACACAUGUCAUCUAUAUUGGCCAGCACACGUCAUAUGUAAUUGCCAGCACAGAUGUCAUAUGUAAUGGCCAGCACAGAUGUCAUAUUGGCUAGCUCAAAUGACGGCUUCAUCGGCCAGCACAGAUAUUAAUUUAUUUUGGCCUGCACAGAAUGAUGUCACCUAUAAUAUUGCCAUCAUUGUUUUUCUUGCCAUUUCACAAAGUUAAACAUAUUUAUAACUCUCCUUCUAUACAAAUUGUUAUGUUUUUCACUUAGUGUUUUAUCAAUACAAACUUCCAAAUAGAAUACAUGAUUAUUUCCAGAAUCAGGAAUAGUUAAGUUUUUAAAAAAACACACACCCACACAGUGAAUUAUUUUUAAAUAUCUUAAAUUGGCUCAAAUUUUAGUUUAAACUGUAUUGUUUUAACAUGUAUUAAAAUUUUUUAUGUUUUGUUGUUAUGGGAUGUUUUGAAUUGUACAUUUAUUUUGAUUUCACAUUUUAGAUUGUGUUAUCAUUAUUCUUAUAUCAUUAAGUUUGCCUAAAUUUGUAAUGUAUGUUGGAGUAAAUGAUUUGAGCCGCAUCAUGACAAAACCAACAUAGUGCGUUUGCGACCAGCAUGGAUCCAGACCAGCCUGCGCAUCCGCGCAGUCUGAUCAGGAUCCAUGCUGUUCGCUAUCAGUUUCUCUACUUGUUAAAAGAUUUAAAAGUGUAUAGCAUGGAUCCUUAUCAGACUGUGCGGAUGCGCAGGCUGGUCUGGAUCCAUGCUGGUCGCAAACGCACUAUGUUGGUUUUGUCGUGACGCGGCUCAAAUGAUUUAUCAUUUUGAAUACUGAUUAAUCAUAUUAAGUAAAACUUUAAACUAUCAUGAUUAAUUGUUUGACUUAAAUGACAUGUAUGAAGAAAAAAUAAAAUCUAUUUCAUAUA